CAUUUUCCCACUUUAUAUUCCCAAAUUUACCCUCGAGGCGAUCAUGAUGAUAAUGGAUUUUCUAGGCUAAUGGCCAAGAAUACACGCAAUAAUACAAACAAAUAAAAAGAAAAACCAUUAUAGAGAUUGCACACUAAUUGCAUUAUCUGUCCUUUGUUUGCAGUACAGAUUAAAUGUCGGGGGAUGGAACUUAAGCAGGAACAAAAAUCCUCACCAGAUGCUCCAAACAUGUCUAACAAGAAAAAGGAGCUUCUUUCUACUGUCAUGAAGCGCACCAGUGAAUGGAUAUUUUCCCAGGAAAUCCCCAGCGAUGUAACUGUUAAUGUCGGAGGAACUUCCUUUUCUCUACACAAGUUUCCAUUAGUCUCAAAAUGUGGACACAUCAGAAAAUUAGUCUCCCAAUCAUCAAACCCCGAACUCGCCGUACUCGAUCUCCCAAACUUUCCCGGUGGGCCCGACUCGUUCGAGCUAGCCGCCAAAUUCUGCUACGGCAUAAACUUCGAGAUAGCCACUAACAACAUAGCUGCACUAAGGUGCGCAGCCGAGUAUCUCGAGAUGACCGAGGACUACUCGGUCAAAAACUUAGUCUCACGAGCCGAGUCUUACAUAAACGAGGUCGCCCUCACGAGCCUGUCGGGAGCCGUCUCGAUUCUCCACUCGUCCGAAAACCUCUUCCCAAUAGCCGAGAAGGUGAAGCUCGUCUGCCGUUGCAUCGACACCAUCGCAUUAAUAGCCUGCAAGGACACUAGCAAGUUUUCCGGACAAAAAGAUUCGAAGCCCGUCGUUAAUUGGUGGGCCGAAGACCUGACCGUUUUGCGGGUCGACAUUUUCCAGAGGGUUCUGAUCGCGAUGUUAGCGAGGGGUUUCGAGCAGUACGCCCUCGGCCCGAUUCUCAUGCUUUACGCGCAAAACUCGCUCAGGGACGUAUUUGGAAAGGGCCGGAAAAAAAUCGAGCCGAGACGAGAGCACGAGAAACGGGUCGUUUUAGAGACGAUCGUCGGCCUUCUCCCGAGAGAGCGUCGGAACGCGAUGUCGGUCAGCUUCCUGUCGAUGCUUCUGAGAGCGUCGAUAUACUUAGAAACGACGGUUGCGUGCAGGCUCGACCUCGAGAAGCGGAUGUCGACUCAGCUCAGUCAAGCGGUGUUGGACGACCUUUUGAUCCCUUCUUAUUCUUUUGCUGGGGACACGUUGUUUGAUGUUGAUACCGUGCAGCGAAUCAUGGUGAACUUUAUAGAGUCGGAUUUGGAGGUGAACAAUGUGGACGAAGAAUUAUGUGUUUUGCACUCGGGUAGUGAUAAGGAGAAGGUGACGAAGCUGAUGGAGAGUUACCUUGCGGAGAUUGCUUCGGAUAGGAAUUUAUCGGUGUCCAAGUUUAUUGGCCUUGCUGAGGUCAUACCCGAGCAGUCGAGGAUGACGGAGGACGGGAUGUAUAGGGCCAUCGACAUUUACUUGAAGGCCCAUCCGGCCCUAAGCGACAUGGAGCGAAAGAAAGUGUGCAGCAUUAUGGACUGCCAGAAGCUCUCGCGCGAGGCCUGCGCCCACGCGGCCCAAAACGACCGCCUUCCCGUCCAGACCGUCGUGCAAGUCCUCUACUACGAGCAGCAGCGCCUCCAAGAGGCCGUGGACGGGACAGAGCCGUUUGCCACUCCUGGGGCCCACAAGCCGGUCCUGAGUCCCUACUCGGUGGAUGUCCACCCAGUGGAAGACGAGGUCUUGGCCCUGAGGAGGGAGAACCAAGACCUCAAGCUCGAGCUUGUUAAACUGAAGAUGAAGCUGAGGGAUAUGGAGAGGCACGGAGGCUCGCCGGCCGUGGGAAGCCCGGGCAUGGGGUCCGCAGACAAGCCGCCCCUGCCUCGGAAGUCGUUCAUAAGCUCAGUGUCAAAGAAGCUCGGGAGGUUGAUACGGGCAGACGGGUUGACGCCUCAGGGGAUUAAGGGGAGGACCAGGCCCAGCAAAGAUAGGAGGCAUUCCAUAUCGUAAUGAUGUCUUUUUUCAUUUUUUUUUUUUUAUAUCCUUCUCAUGGUUUUUUAUUUUAAAUAAAGAAAAUGUUGGUUUUUUUUCUUCUCUGUUUUUAGUUGUUUUGUGGAUUAUAUUUGUGUAUUUUUUGCUGUCUUUUUUCCUUGUUUAUAUUGUGAUUUAGUGUGGUGUAUGUACAAAUUAUUACAGUUUUUUCAGGUGCUUAAUGUAAGUAAGUUGCUUUGAACUUGGGGUCUCUGGUAUUGAUGAUAAAUUUG